AAAAAAAAAAAAGAAAAAAAAGAAAUAAGGUGGCAGCUGAUAUUCAAUUUUGGAUUUUUUUCUUUCUUUCUUUUCCUUUAUCCGAUUUUUAAAAUACAAUGUCACGUCUUGGCACUGAUGAAAACCCUAUUGAUACUUCAUAUUAUGACUUAUUGGAAAUACCUAUCAAUGCCGAUGCUGCUCAGAUCAAGAAAUCAUACAGAAAACUAGCUAUAAAAUAUCAUCCUGAUAAAAACCAAUCUGAAGGUGCUGAAGAAAAGUUCAAGGAAAUUUCAGAAGCAUAUCAAGUUUUAUCUGAUGACCAACUUAGGGCUUUUUAUAACAAAUAUGGCAAGGACAAGGAAUUGGCUCCUGGUGGUGGUUUCUCUGAUCCUAAAGAUUUCUUUGCUCAAAUGUUUGGUGGUGAUGCCUUUCGAAGUAUGAUUGGUGAUUUAGCUAUGGGAGAAAUGUUUAGUGAAACUAUGGAUGAAGCUUCUACUGCUCAAGAUGGCGAAAAUGAUGAUCCAACUGGCAAGAAACAACAAAUGUCAAAGGAACAAAUGGAAAAACUCAAGGCACAACAACAAGAACGAGUUAAAAAAUUGGCUGAAAAUUUAAUUCACAAGUUAUCACUCUAUACCGACAGUGAAGGUGAUGAAGCUGCUGCCUUGGCAUUCCAGGAACAAAUCAUUGUGGAAGCGGAAAAACUCAAGGAAGAGAGUUAUGGAUUAGAACUUUUACAUGCUAUUGGAUAUGUAUAUAGUAGCAAAGGUCGUCAUUAUCUUGGACUUAAGGGUGGAGAAUUACCAAGUAUUUUCCAAAGCAUCAAGCAAAAGAAACAUAUUGUCAAGGAACUCUGGACGACUAUUCGAUCUGCUAUGGAAAUUCAACAAGCUGCUGAAAUGGUCGCUAAAGCUGAAAAGGAUGGAAUGGAUCAAGCUGAAAAAUUAAAAUUGGAAGAAGAAGUUAGCAACAAGGCUUAUAAGGCUCUCUGGCAAACAUCAAAAUUUGAAGUUGAAGGAACUUUACGUCAAGUAUGUGAUACGGUGCUUCAAGACAAGACUGUCCCUAGUAAGGUACGUACUAAGCGCGCAGAAGCCUUACGACUAGUGGGUCAUAUUUACAAGAAUGUGGAAGCCGACAAACCUGUAUCUGAUAUUUUGAUCAAAAAGAAGAAAUAGAGAUUGAACAUGAUGAUUAUGUUUACCCUAUCUUUAACUACCCACAAUUACUAGUUUAAUGACUUAUUUCAAUGUUACUCCUUAUAGUGUAUCUUUUUUUUUCAUAUAGAAUAUUUCAUUUUUUUUUUCUUUUUAUAUCUAUCAUUUACCAUUUCUCUAAUAAAACAAACAUCAAGUCUUUUUUUUUUUUUA